AUGACGGCCCUGUUGGCGCCCCGCGAAACUCAUUCGCCAUUCUCGGAUCCUGUGCGGUGUCCCGCUAGUCCCACUACGCAGCGAUAUUUCCUAAAAGAUCACGCCAUCCCCGCAAAAUCACCCAUGCAAGAUGACCCUCACGCGACGGACCCCCCAGUCGCUUCAAACCUGCCCUCUGUGCUCCCCUCUUCCAACUUCGCUCCUAUCACCGAGCAACUCGCCUAUCCAUCUACUUUAAACACCCUCCCCUCGGAAAACGAACUCAUCCUACCCGCCUACGACACAGAAUGCUUCCACAAUGCCAAAGACCCAGAGGAUGUCAGCGACGUGUCGACAGAAUCACACCCAUUUUCGUGGACGUCACAGCCUCCAUCGGCAGAUGACACCUUAAUUGAGGAUGAGCCAUCCAGGCAUGUGGACUAUCUUUCACAUGACUGGAAGGAGGAGGAUAUCUGGUCCUCGUGGCGUUAUGUGACCAGUCGAAGGAACGAUUAUAGCAAUGGAGUGAGACUGGAGAAUGCCUCGUGGAGGACAUGGGCCAAGGCCAAGCACAAUCUGAAGACGAUAUCGCCGGAAAGCCUCAAUUGGCUCAAGGACUGCGAUGUCACCUGGCUCUACGGGCCAUUAAAAAGUUCCGUCGAACGUGGAACCUCUCCAUCUCCGCCUCCAAGUUACUUGGAAACACCAACCUCUUAUCUAGAUCGAAAGCCAAUCUUGAAGAAGAAGACCGCGUCCGAGGCCAUCCUUCAGCGAUCCCUGUCUCAACAUACGUUACUCCAACAUGCCGGAGCCAUUCUCAAGGCCCAAGAAGCCGAGAACAACUGGGCUCGACCCUAUUUCCCAAGGUCCAACACGGACUUGGACCACUUGCAUCACCGGACUGGAAGCUCGACCUACUCUCUCGGUGGCACUCUCACUGCCUCGUCAGCAUCUGGAAUGACAUCUCCCGGCGAACGGCGCCAUAUCCACUUCAACGAUGAAGUCGUGCAAUGCAUCGCGGUCGAAGCCAAGGGCUACGAGGACGAUUGGCCGGCUACCAUUGGAGAUGAGUCAUCUUCCGACGACGGCGUAGUCUUCAUGAGACAAAUCUCCAACCGGUCCUCCCUAAGCAACCGCAGCACUCCACGAAACAGCUUCAGCGGCGAUGGGAAAACCAUCGCCCCUCUCCCUUCAACCACGCUCAAGUAUCGUGGGGAUCCUCCGGAGCUCCACACUCAGACAAUCCUUGACCGAUGGUCCCCCAUUCCCACCCGGACAUUAUCACCAACUCCCUCUGUGGAGACCCUACGUCCAUCAAGGCCAUCAGAGCCCGAGGCCAACUUUCUUUUGGAUGAGUGCGAAGAUCCCAGCCUGGACUUCACGGGCAAUUACCCCGAUCAUGAUCGUGCAUGGUUUAUUGAAGAUACUGCAUCAGACCGCACGCCCCGAUUCACUGCUUCGGGCAUGAUCAUGCCGGAAGGCGAGACCGAGACCCCCAGCAGUAGUAUAUAUCACCGGGUCGUGGACACUGUGAACACAGCCCGAGACAUUGCUCAUGUGAUCUGGAAUGUGGGCUGGCGCCGCUAA